AUGCCUGACUCUUUGAAGAUUGCUGUUGUUCAACCGCUAUUAAAAAAGUACAAUCUUUCCUAUGAAGAAUUCUGCAGUUUUCGUCCAAUAUCAAAUCUGAAAUUUGUCUCGAAAUCUAUUGAGAAAGCAGUUGCUGUACAAUUAACUGAUUAUCUUACUGAAAAUCAUCUACAUGAGAAAUUCCAGUCUGCUUAUAAACCUUGUCAUAGUACUGAAACAGCGCUAUUGAGGGUUCAAAAUGAUAUCCUUCAAGCUCUAGAUAACGGUGAUUCUGUUAUUCUUGUCCUACUGGAUCUGCGGCUUUUGACACCGUGGAUCAUUUAA